CAUUUUUACUUUGUAGAAGUCCUUGACUGCUUCACUCUCUCAUUCUUGGAAUAAAUUUGGAAAUGACUUUUGAUGACCUCAAGAGCAAGAGUAUGAAGGAUCAACUUGACCAGAAGCCAAAUGGAGAGAGAGACAAAGGUCUUCGUUUUCUUUCCUCUCGGAGGUGGUACCCUGCUGCUAUGACUCUAGGGAUCCUUUGUCUGGGAUUACUGGUGACCGUUAUAUUGCUGAUAAUCCAAUUAUCCCAGGUGUCUGAUCUCCUAAAACAACAGCAAGCAAACCUUACUCACCAGGAAGAUAUCCUGGAGGGACAGAUUUCAGCCCAGCACCAGACAGAAAAAUCUUCCCAGGAGUCACAAUGGGAACUCAAAGAAAUGAUAGAAACCCUUGCCCACAAGCUGGAUGAAAAAUCCAAGAAACUAAUGGAACUUCAUCAUCAGAACCUGAAUCUCCAAGAAGCUCUGAAAAAAGCAGCAAACUAUUCAGGUCCUUGUCCCCAAGACUGGCUCUGGCAUGAAGAAAACUGUUACCAAUUUUCCUCUGGCCCAUUUAAUUGGGAAAAAAGCCGGGAGAACUGCUUGUCUUUGGAUGCCCACAUGCUGAAGAUUAAUAGCUCAGAUGAUCUGGAAUUCAUCCAGCAAGCAAUUGCCCAUUCCAGUUUCCCAUUCUGGAUGGGGUUGUCUCUGAAGAAACCCAACUACUCAUGGCUCUGGGAGGAUGGUUCUCCUUUGAUGCCCCACUUGUUUAGACUCCAGGGAGCUGCUUUCCAGAUGUAUCCUUCAGGCACCUGUGCAUAUAUACAAAGGGGAACUGUUUUUGCUGAAAACUGCAUUUUAACUGCAUUCAGUAUAUGUCAGAAGAAGGGGAACGUAUUGAGAGUACAGUGAAUGUGAAGGCUCUGGAAGAAAAGGAGGAGAAGACCUUUGAAUUUUCUUCUGAAAAUUAAGCUAUACUUCGUCACUUAGGUGCAAACCAUAAAAGCCCUGAGAACUUCCUGUUACUAGCUAAAGUGCAGAACUCCUUAGCAGAGACUGGGGCCCAGCUGCUUGACACCUUGAUAGCAAAAGUUUCAAUUCUCUAUGUAUAUUUUUUUCACCUAGCUUGUUCCAAGCCCCCCUGCCAGUCUUCAGUGAAGUCCAUUUUCCUGUUUCUAUUGUUGUUUCUAAGAACUUGUUGCUUAACUCAAGGUCACAACAAUUUUUCUGCUAUGUUUUCUUCUAGACAUUUUAUAGUUUCAGAUUUUAUGUGGAAAUCUAUAACUUUUGGGGGGAUAAUUUGUAAGUCACGUAUGGAUGUAUGGAAGUUCUUUUUCUUUUCCUUUUUGCAUGUGGAUAUUCAAUUGUUUUUGCAACAUUUGCUGCAAAGACUAUUCUUUCUUCACUACGUUGCCUUUGCACUUUUGUUAACAAUUAUCCAUACAUGUCUGGGUCUAUUUCUGGACUCUAUUCUGUUCUAUCGAUCUAUUUGUAUAUUCUUUGUGCAUAACACCAUUGUGAUAUUUUGGAUUCUGUAGUUUUAUAAUAUAUCUUGAAAUCACAUGGAGGUAGUUCUUCAAUGUUGUUUUGGUUAAUCUAUGUCUUUGCAUUUCCAUCUUAAUUUUUGAAUUGGCUUGUCAAUUUCUAAAAAAACUUUUUGAAAUUUUGAAUGUGAUUUCACUGAAUCUAUAGAUAAAUUGGGGGAAAUUGAAUUCUUUAAAAUACUGAUUUGUUCAACUCAUGGAUUUUCUUUACGCAAUGUUUUGUAAUUUUCUCUGUAUAGCUGUUUCACAUAUUUUAUUAGAUUAUCAUCAUGUAUUUCACAUUUUUUAUGCUACUGUAGAUGGUAUUGUUAUCAUUGUAGUUUUUAUUUCCAAUGUCCUUUGCUAUUGUAUAGAAUUAUAAUAGUUUUUUGUAUUAACCUUAUAUCCUGAAACCUUGAUAAGCUCGCUUAUUUCUCCUAGUAAGUUUGUGUAUUUGUGUGUGUGUGUGUGUGUGUAUUUCAUUGGAUUUUCCUCAUACAUAAUCAUGUCAUCUGCAAAUAAAAAUAUUUUUAUUUUUUC